CAAGUAUUAAUAAAUUACGUGGUCCGAAGAAUCGGCAGUCUCGUGCGAACUCUUGCGCAACAGGCCGCUAGACGGCCCGCGUUAAUACACACAUUGUAACCAAAAUAAGAUGCAUCAGCCGAGAAGACUGCGGAUCACCGUGAGCAUAAUACUAUGCUUCAUGCUCCAAGCUCAAGGUGCCGACAAGUACACGGACGAGAACAGGCCUUACGAGUUCGGCUUUAAGAUCGACGGCCAGCAGCACAGGCAUGAAUCUAAAGACAAAGACGGGAUUAUCAUGGGCGAGUUCGGCUUCAUCACUGCUGAUGACGUGUACCAUGUCACGGUAUACGCCACCGACAAAGAUGGAAAAUUCAGGAUUUUAUCGAUGAAGAAUAUCCACUUGAAAGCAUCUCCUGCUUCAAACAAUGGAUUGUCAACAUCGUCACGACAAGGGCAUGCUUUGGUAUUACCACCCGCGCAACCGGCUUCUGUACAAGCAUCAGCACCACCAGCUCCGUCAGCAUUGACACCACCUAAACCCAUAUCUAUAGAGCCCCCAGCAAGGUCAUGCUCAUCUUGCAGUCUACCUACAACUACCACGCUAGCACCGCCACCUUCCUACAUCCAGGCACCUGAUAAUAAUAAUUAUAACAAUCCGAACCAAUUCAGUGCACCAGGUGCAAGCCCUCAAAAUCAACAAGGUUUCCCACCAUCAUCUUCACAACAAAAUAGCGCCCAAGGUGGGUUCGGUGGUUCAGCAUUUGGUCCUCAAGGUCAACAAAACUACGCACAGCAAGGACCGGUUGCCCCUGGUAGCGUGGGCUCACAACCUGGCCAGGGUGCACAAAACUAUCCGGGCUCCGGCUCACCAAACUACUCCCAAGCACCAAGUUCUCCGAAUGGUCCUAACAACUACGCCCAAACAGGAGCUGGCUUCCCUUCAAGUGCGCAGAGUCAAGGGCAACCGGGACUGAAUCGAGGAGGACCUUUUCAAAGUCAGGGAGGACCUGGACAAAGUCAGGGAGGACCUGGACAAAGUCAGGGAGGAGCUGGACAAACUCAAGGAGGACCUGGCCUUGCUUCAGGAGUUCCAGGAAUCGGUCAACGAAACAGUUUUACGGACGGCGCUCAGAACACCGAUAACUUUGGACAGGAUUAUUCUCAACAAGGCGGGCCAUCUAAUGGUCAAGGUUCGUUCCCACAAGGAGGGGCUCCAUCUUCUGGUGUUCCAGGAGGAAGGACUUCGAAACAAUAUGUUGGCCCUGAACAGCAGUUCGAUUCCCAAGUCGGACCGAAUGGUUCUCAGGGCCCACGUGGAGCAACUAAACCUACACUAUUUUCGGCUCAGAUGCAAAUCGUUGACAAGAAUACUGACAUAAACGCACUUCGCCCUGGAGAACAAAAAGGUUUACCACCAGGCCUUACGCAAGACGAUAUGACUCAACUACUGUAUACUUUUAACUACACCGUAGGAUUCCAUGGACAUUUCGAAGAAGGAUACGCGAAUGGUGUGAAGAAAGGAUACUACUACGUUACUGGAAGGAAUGGCGUUCGAACGAGGAUUGAUUACGUAGCUGAUGAUUCUGGUUUCCAUCCUAAAGUAUCUCAGGAUGUUCUGGACUUGUUGUCUGAUGAUGUUCCCAAGCCUGAAACAGAGAAGGACGAGAAAUACGGCCUCAAGGGCUAUGAAUUCAAAUGGCUGUUUUAUCCAGUUGAGUCUAAAAAGCAGUAGAUAUGGAUUUUGUUAAGAAGUCGACGAGUCGUGCUAAUGAACCUAGUGUUCAGGCCGUAAACGUUUUGGUACAAGGCAAAAGAACUUCAUAGCUUUACUACAAUUUACUAUUAAUUUUAGGAUAGAAUAAUAUAAUUUACAAUAAGAUUUUAUAAGUAUAGGUAAGAUUAAAGUUAAUGAAACACUGCCAUGUAACUGCCAUAACGUAGUGAGCAAUAAAUGUAACGAUUAGUAUUCUGAUUAAGUUUUCAUAGAAAUGCAGGAAAACAAGAAGUUAAUCGUGUGGAUACAUGUUUAAAAAGAAAUAAAAAUGCAAUAUAAUAAAAA